AAAUGUGAAUAUUUUUUCUCGUUUGUCUUUGUUUACAUUUGCGACAAUCAAAAGUAGGCAUACUGGCAGGUGAUCGUGUCAUGAACCAUUUUUAGCACAAAAUGUCUUCUUCAGUGGAAACAAAGAGGUAGCUAUGGACUGUGAGGACCAGGUGGACAGCUUGGAGGGAUGGAUGGUAGUCAAAGAGGGCCCAUUUGCUGACCAUAUGAACCCCCCAAAGUUCAACUUUAUGGUCUGUUGGAAUGAUGAGAAGAAAAAAGUAGCCAUCACUUGCCGCCCCCACAGUCGUGUCGUAAGUGAUAAAGACAAUGUGGACACAAGGACAGGGAUUUUUUCCUUCUGUGAAUUGGAAGCCAUUCACCAGUUACUGUGCCACGUGCACCCUGCCCUGGGGCCCCACUUACCCUCUCUUCCUGAAGAACCGAGGUCAUUAUGGACGUAUUUUGGUUAUGAAGAGUGCAAUGCAGAUUACUCGUUAGUGUGUAAACAGUUAGAAGAGUAUUUAUGCUAUGCCUUGGAAAUCUGCAAAGAAAAACUUCUGAUGUCAACUCUGUUCGAGUACGAAGAGCACACAGCAGAGGAAUACUUCGAAAAUAUCAGUGAACUUCGUCGUCAGGGAUACGAGGAUGAAAUCAACAAAGCAGAAGAGGAGUUGAAAAAUGUUACUUUUUUACGCACCAAUGCUAGUCACAUGACUGAGAUGAAGGACGUGUACAAAUCGGAGGACAACGCUGUGUUUAAGUUGAACAUUGCCCUGGCGUCUCUGUAUAAUUAUCUUCUGCAGCCUUUUCUUGAUGUCCGGGAGCUUGCCUAUAGCCGUGUUACAGAGGCCACAGAACAAUUGGAGAAUCCUAAUGUUGGGGCUCGUGUGAAGCGGGAGUAUGGGGAGAUGUUUUCAGAAUGGCAGUCACAUUAUGAAGAAGCUUUGGACAACAUUCAGAAAUAUUAUAUCGAGUAUUACAGAAGAACAUCAGACAUCUAUGAAGAUAUGUUAAAAAGAAUGAAAGAAGAUCAAUCAAAAUUUGGGAAGACUGCAUUUGAAUUGAUUGGAGCUGAGAGAUUUUUUCGAAUAAAAGAGGACCUUUGUUUAGAAUGCCUCCAGUUGUUAAAUAAUGAGAAGAAGCUUUAUAUACAGGAGCGAGACAAAGUAAAGGAAGAGAUUGCCAGUGUGGAAGACAAACCUGGGGUUGUUAAGGAACUGGAGAGAUUGGAAGGAAUCGUAUUUGAUUGGCAAAUCAGGGUACAGCAGCAACAGCUGGCAAUCCUUGAUGAGGAAGAAAAAUUGAUUCGCACUCAAAUGGAAGCCAUUACUUACCAGAUAAAAGCUAAUGAAGAUAUACCAGUAUUCUAUGAUGCUGUGGAAGAUGUUGCAGAACUUAGUUCUGAUGAGGAGAUCCCCCUCAAAUCCCGUGCAGAUCCCCGUAUUAUAGCACUAAGUAGUAAACUCACAUCCAUCACACGACGAAGGGCUAAGAUCAGAAAUGUUAAGGUAUCUUUUGAGAGAAAGUUCAAAUCCAAAAUUCAGAAGAAGAAAGAGGAGGUGAUACAAUUCAAACAGCAUCAUGCUGUUCACAUGAAAAGAGAAUUAAAACGAGAAGAGGAGGAGAAGAAGAGUGAUUUUAUAUCAGAUCAACGAAUGCGAGCGAUUAAUCGCAUCAAAGACUACAAAAUAAAAUACCCUGCACCUGAGACAAUUAAACCUCCUCGAUAUCAGCCACCUAGUCAAAAGAGGACACUCCCAGAGGAAUCCCCUCAAUCUAUGCCUGUCUGUGAUAAAACAUAUGUCAAACGCCCGAGCAGGCCUUUGACAAACUCUGAAAAAACUAUCAGAAUUACAAACUCUGCAAAAAAGUCACUUGUUAAGAAUUCAAGUAGUACAGGGGGACGGAAGCCUACACCAAAACCUAAAAAGUCCCAGGAUGCUGUUGAUUCUAUGCCAGUCACCAUUUACAUGUCAGGUGGAGGGAAACCGAGCCAUUCAAAGGAUACGGGGGAUCCACCGAUAUCAUCUCCCCCACCCUCAGCACCACCCUCUGCUAGUGUUCCACCACCUCCUCCUUCUCUCAUCCCACCACCACCACCACCACCACCACCUCCUCCUCCUCCUCCUCCUCCUCCACCACCCACAGCAGCAAAUAGCCCUCCACCAAAACUGGUGAUUGUGAAGAAAGAGAAAAAGGAGGAUAAACCCAAGGAAAAUGGAACAGGUCCACCAGAUCUUGGUUCAAUUUUGGCUGGAAAAAAUAUGCUGAAACCGGUUAGCGAGAGCCGACAGAAACAAAAAUUGGUUCCGGUGAACCCCAUGGACAAUAUCUUAAGCAUGAUCAAACAGGGAGUGAAGCUGAGACCCGCCAAAGAUGAGAAGAAAUCGGCACAAGAUCAGGAUAUUUUGGAGACCCCCAGCGACAGCCACAUGAGAUUGCUGCAAGAGAGUCUGAGCCGCAUUAGCAAGUUCACUCGCGAGAGCUCACCCGAGUCUGAAGAAGACAGUGAAGAUGAAGACUCAUUUGCCUGAUUAAAUUGCAGUUUUUAUCACCUAUGAUAUGUAUCGAAUGAUGGUUUUUCAUCUUUUACAAAUAUUUUGUGUUUUAUAUACACUAUAAUGAGAAGGGAAUUUUUAUUCCACUUCUUUCGUAAAGAAUCCCUCGAGCCUUCUAAAGCUAGGAAGAAUGAAAACAUGAUUUACAAUGUUUCGCUACAGAGGAACUUGACAUAUCUGUGGAAUGUGUGAAAUUAAAGGAACAGUGAGAAUGGGCAUUUUCUUUGUUCAUCAUACAUGUACACAUUGAAUAUGUAUGUCAAGUCGCUGAUAAAAAGGGAUCUAUGACAACUCAUAACAGAUAACUCGACUAAUGAUGACAAAUUUUUCACUGGCAAACUUACCUGCAACAUUUCAGUGAAAUUGAUCUGGUAUUAAGUCAGUAAAUCUCGGUGUCUUUGAAUUCAAUGAGUUGUACAGCACCAGAUAAAAUGUUUGUUGCCAGCAUUAUUUUUAUGGUUGACUUGAUAGACAAUCUAAGGAGAAGUACAAUACUGUAUUUUUUCAUUUUUACAUAGCACAGUAAAGCAUGGUUAUAAAAAACCUUCAGGGUCAGCAAAGAACAGUUUGUUAUAACGAAACUUCAUUAUACAGUAAAACACGGUUAUUGAAAACCUUCAGGUUCAGCAAAAAAAACAGUUCAUUAUAACUAAACUUCAUUAUACAGUAAAACAUGAUUAUAGCAAAACUUCAGGGCCAGCAGAAAACAGUUCAUUAUAACCAAACUUCAUUAUACAGUAAAACAGUUAUAGAAAACAUCUGGGGGUCAGCAAAAAACGGUUUGGCGUUGCCAAACUUUCAAUAAAAUUUUUGUUGUUUUUCUCUCUCCAAAAAAAUAAAUAUUACUUGGCAAUAAGUGUGAAUUCAUGAUACGUGUGUUAUAUAUGAAUGUGUUUGACUGUAUUUCAGUGUUUAUUACAAACCUGUAUCGUACAAACAUUGAUAAUUCAAAAUUACAAAGUCGUAGACAGUGUAACUUAUUUAUAGAAUUAACCAGAUGAGUUGUAUAUUGUUUUUGCUAAUUCGUCGCAUUCCUAGACUGUCCCUAUAUUUGAAUGCGAUUUACCAGAGUCCAUUGUCAGCCAGUAGUUCACUUUUACCAAGUGUCCGUUCAUUUAAAUCCAGCCAUCCAGCAACAUAAAAUUUUAUUGAUUAUAUUGUACCAGCCAAUAUACAUGUACAUAAAAGACCAUUGAAAAGUAUACAGAUUGCAGGUAUCAGUUGAAUUAAGAUUUAAUGACACUUGCUACAAACUUUUAUUCAAAAAUGAUAAUGAACAACCCAUGCAUCCAUUUUGUUUGUAUCGAGUGUCUUUUAAGCUUCGAUGUAAAAGUCACUCUUGUCUGUUUGCUAAUCAUUUCAGUCAAUCAUUAGUAAUAGAAGAGUAGUUUGAAGGUAUAAUUUUCAAUAUGUUUAUGCACUUUUUCUUACAAGUAAAUCACAGGCAUGUAUGGCUUUAAUCAACUCUCAAAUCAUGAAAAUUUGUUUAAAUUCUCAAAACAUUGUACAUGAACCAGCACAAUGUUCAUAAAAAAGGGCCCUGGUGCAUAUUAGACAUGUAUAGUGUGGUCAUGCAUUCCAUUUUUAGUUCACCUAAGUGAGCUUUUCUGAUCGCCUGUUGUCCAUCGUCGUCUGUAAACUUUUCACAUUUUUGACUUCUUCUCCAGAACCACUAGGCCAAUUUCAACCAAACUUGGUACAAAGCAUUCUUGGGUGAAGGGCUUUCAAGUUUGUUCAAAUGAAGGUCCAUGCCCUCUUCAAAGGGGAGAUAAUCACAAAAAUAGGGUGGGGUCAUUUAAAAAUCUACUCGAGAACCACUGGGCCAGAAGAGCUAAAAUUUACAUGAAAGCUUCCUAUUAUAGUGGAGAAUCAAGUUUGUUAAAAUCAUGACCCCAUUGGGGGUAGGAUGGGGCCCAAUAGGGGAUCAAAGUUUUACAUACAAAAAUAUAGAGAAAAUCUUCUCAAGAACCACUGGGCCAGAAAAGCUGAAAUUUACAUGAAAGCUUCCUGACAUAGUGCAGAUUCAAGAUUAAUUUGUUCAAAUCCUGGCCCCUGGGUGGGGAUAAGGUGGGGCCACAAUGGGGGAUCAAAGUUUUACAUACAAAUAUUAUAUAGGGCAAAUCUUCUCAAGAACUACUGGACCAGAAAAGUUUACAUUUACAUGAAAGCUUUCCGACAUAGUGCAGAUUCAAGUUUUAAAAAUCAUGGCCCUGGGAAUAGGUUGGGGCCACAUAGGGGAUCAAAGUUUUACAUACAAAUAUAUAAUUGGGAAAUCUUUAAAAAUUCUCUUCUCAAGAACCACUGAGCCAGACAAGUUUACAUUUACAUGAAAGCUUCCUGACAUAGUGCAGAUUUGAGUUUGUUAAAAUCAUGGCCCCCAGGGGUAGGUUGGGGCCACAAUAGGGAUUAAAGUUUUACAUGUGUAUAGGGAAGAUCUUUAAAUAUAGGCCACAGUGACUCAGGUGAGCAAUGUGGCCCUUGGGCCUCUUGUUAAUUCAAUGUUAAUUCGAACUCAAGUGAUGUAAUUGCAUUGUAAACUGCAUUUCGCAGAGGUAUGAUUGUGAAAUUAAACUGCAUCGAAAAUAACACCUUAUAUUGUAAACCAUAUGAAACUAGUUAAAACAGGCUUUAUAGAAGAAAAAAAAAUCAUGAAAAUUGCCACAAAUUCUAUCCUGUGUACUCUACAGGUGUAAUUAUAAAAGAGCACUCAGUGUAACUUAAAGAUCAAUUGCAGGCUGUCUGAUGUUUUGUAAAUGUGGAUGUGUCUUCAAGUUAAUUGAUAAUUAACCCCUUAGAUUGACUGAGACAGACUUAGAAAUGUGGAUCCAUGACACACGAAUGAAUUUUCAACAUUUGAUAACGAAUGCAUGAGUGUUGUUUGUUUUUUAUGUUGGGUUGUUAGAUUAUGUAUAAUACAUGUUGAUCAGUGCAAUGAACUCGAGAAAAGUGCGCAAGAUUUAUUCCCCCCUCCCCCAUUGCUUGUAUUCAAGAUUUUUGUACAGUGUUUAUAUCUUCAAGACAGAUAUAUAUAUGUGGUGUAUCUACAUUAGAAUUUCAAAUCUAUUUUGAAACACUGUAACUCGCUUCAAUUUCACGAGACUCAGGUCUUCAUGAAAAUCACAGAAUUGACCAGCGAGACAUACCGUAUAAGCAGAUUUUUCAGCAAGUAUUUAAUUUUGAGUGUUGAUAUCACUAAAAUUGAAUACCACUAACAAUUUAUUCCACAUUGGAGGUUAUAUUUAUCUUUCUUGGAAUUAUAGUCGCUUUAGCUCUCGCUAAAUACAUUUUUAUGAGGAAAUUGCUAAAUUUGUUUCACUAAGAAUUUCACUUUAAAGUAAUUUUUAAGUCGUCGUCUAUCAUGCAUGCUAACAUUUUCAGCUUUUUCUUCAUUACUAACCAUUCCAAUUCUUUUAAAAUAUGGAUCUUUUUCUCUACAACCGCACAUCUGUAAGAAAAACUAAAUGAAUAUGUAUAGUGAUGUAGAGUAGGAAAGCGUCUACCAAAAUUGUAAAUUUCAUAAUCCCCAGGGUAGAGGUUCAGACUCCAGAGUGGGGGCCAAACUUGGUAUAUAUAUAAUGUUUAUAUGUAAAACAUUUAAUUAACAUCUUCUUUAGUGCUAUUGAUACUACCAGGUAAAUUGAAACUAAAUGGAUAUUUAGUAAGAGCAGGUUAAUUUAAGUUCUUUACUAAAAUUGUAAAUUUCAUGAUCCUAGGGGUAAGGUUUCCAGGGUGGAACCAAAAUUAUUAUAGUGAUUAUUGUGACUAUGAUUUGAAAAAAUUCUUUAAUUUAAGUUUGCUGAAACAGUAUAAAAACUAAAUGAAUAUUUAGGAGGAGCAGAAUAGGAUGUACCAAAAUUGUGAAUUUUGCAACCCCAGGGUAUUGCCUUUAGGACGGGUCCAAAUUAGUCAUAUCCUGUUAAUGUUGCAUAUUAUGUAAAGCCUAAUUUCAUCAGUAUAGGCACUUUUGAGCACAUCUUGCUAUAUAUAUACUUUUGCUGAAUAUUAGAAUUUGAUUAUCUUAGAUGUUCAGAGCAGGAAUUUUUGUUUCCUAGAUUUUGUAGCUCUUGGGACUAUAUAGUGAUAUGUUUAAUGAACUCGGGUGACUGAGAAGGCCUGUGGACCUCUUCUUCAUCAAGUGACAGGUUGUCCAGCAUUUUUUGACCAAACAGUUACAUGUAGGUCUAAAAAUUUUGGGCUAAAAUUCAGAAAUAUUCAGGUUAGAAUUAGGAAUUUUAUAACUAACUUUUGGCAGUUAAAAUUUUUUAAAAUGGUGUUAUCUUUGGAAAUUUGACGAUACUGAAACUCACAAGAAUACUGUAAGUAUAUAGAGGAAGGGCACAUCUUCCAGGAUUCCCAUUUUCCCAGCCCAGGCUGACAGUUAUUGCAUGUAUUGGCUGUAACCUUAUUAUUAACAUCUUUGUUAAUCACAACCAAACAAGCUUGAAACAUGGAUCCAUUGGUCAACUGCCUUUCACUGCAUUUGUCUUAAUAAGAUUCAAAAUAGCUAAAGUAACAAUAUAUUUGGGGAAAAAAGGAAUUGACAUGAAAAAUCAGGUUGAAAUUUUUAGCAAAACUGAAAAAAAAACAUUUAGGGCCACUGGACAGCCUGAAGAGAUUUACAGAUGCAAUGAAUCAAUACUUUCUUUAGUACAUUGAAAUACAAUCUCUUUCAAUUAAACAUACACAGUCAUUCAAUUUUGUUAUUGCUGACUGAAGUACAUGUAUAUAGCCUAUAGUAUGCAUGAUUAUCUAAUAAAAAAAAAAAAACCACUUGUGCAAUCCAUCAUUUUUUAGUCAACCCCUUGUCAUAAUUGUCUUUCCACAUUUUUGUUUUAUGAUGUACUAUUUGCACGUUUCCAAAAGCAUAUUAUCAAUGUUGAGCAAUGAUUGCUUUUGUUAAAAUAUGUACACAAUCUCCUGAAUCUAAGUUUUAUAAGUGUUUAAUUACAUGUUGCUUGCAUUUUGUGGAUUGUCUGAAUAUCAGUCUUUAUGUUUCUAUUUAUUUAUUUAUUACAUGUAUAGGCAUGGUACCAUGUUAAAUUCUAAAUAAAGUAAUUUUUCAUGUU